AUGUCGAAUGUAUCAGAAUGGGCAGGGUUUGUUGAAAUUACUGCCAUGAGCCACUUAUAUGGACGAGAUUUUAUUAUAUUUGAAGCUAACAAUGGUCCACAAACAAAAAUAAAUAAUGGGUAUGGGAAAACAAUUUACUUGUUUCAUUCACCAGAAACAAAACACUUUGAUGUGGUAUAUACUAAAGAAAUUAUUACUACAUCAUCAUUUUGUCAAUCAUUGGUCUAUGAAAUUCUUUAUGAUGGUGUUUAUCAGCUGAAAGAUUUGCCAUAUGCUGUGGACAAAAUGCUCCAUGACAAAGUGCCCACCAACCAUAUUGAGUAUUUCAUGUCUGAAAAUGUGGAACGGCGUAAGAAGCAAAAGGAGAGGGCUAAGAUUUUUAUCGAAGCCACUAACAAAGACAGCAAAGACAGAAAUAAUAAUGCAGUUGCAUUGAAAUGUAAACAUCACACAGAGGACUUGGAACGUGCAAGCCUGUUAAAAGAAUCUCUCAGUAUUUUUGUGUUUAAUCGCAGCCUGAUUCAACUUGAAAAUGUCUGCAUGAAUUGUCUGAAUGUGAACAGUGCAAAAGAUCUGCUUGACAAUGGCAUUACACCUUUUCCCUAUAAAGUAGCAAAAGCAUUAGAUCCAGACAUUUAUCGGAACAUAGAAUUUGAUGUUUGGAGUGAAAUGAGGCGAGAGUUGCGUUAUGGUGCUAGAUAUUCAGAUGGCACCACUCUUCAAGUAGGUGUCAAGUGUUUGUGUAGACUGCAACCGGAGCAGAUGGUGCCCUACCACUGCCAUAUUCAGGAGAUGCAUCCAGAUGGUGGGCCGUGCCUGGUAUUCAUUGAGGAGUUAGGUGAAAAACGAGUGGUCAAUUACGACCAGCUGGAGUCCUUGCCUCAGGAUGAGGUCCGGCCCUGGGCACCACCGUACAGAUUCUCCAGGACCAAUUCACAGUUCUUGACUCUUAGCCAAAUGUUGCAACAAAUAGGCAACAUCACCAGAAAGCAAGGCUUGAGCAAGGUCCGCAAUAAAGUGAAGGGCUCUCCCGAUGACCCUAAAAGCCCUGACAAGGCCGAGUCGCAAAAUACAAAACUGAAUUGGAAUAACGAGAAGGCCGAGGGUGGCGAGGAGGGUGUCUAUAUGACCCAGAACAGUGUUGACUACAAUGCAUACCAACAUUUGGACUUCAUUAACUUUGAACCGAUGCCUGUUGAAGUCGAAGCACUGCCCCUGAUGGUGGACUGCAGGCCGACCGCGGGCGCAGCGCCCAACGACAUCGCGCACUCCGCGCCCAACGGAGCCCCGCCGCCCGAGAACCACCACAACCAGCAGCAGCCGAGCGGUAACAGCGAGAUGGGUGGUCACGGGCUGACGUCGCCCGCGUCGGUGCGAGCCUCCACGCCUGCCACCUCCAAUGCCGUGGCCCCCUACACGGGCAACGUAUACACGUCGCACCCGGCGGGUAUGAACGUGGCGUACGGGAAUAUGGGCGCGGGCGGGAUGGGCGGCCCCGCCGGCAUGGCUACGGGCCCGGGGGUGGGGGUGGGGAUGGGUGGGGGGGGUAUGGGUGCUCCGUACGUGUGCGGGGUCAAGUCGUUAGUGUGGUGCGCGUCGCCGCCGCCGCCGCACGCGCCCGCGCCGCCUCCGCACGGCGUCAACACGCACGCCUAUAAGAGCGUGCAGGCCAACGGCGCCGAUCUCCCGAUGAAUGACAUACCGACGCUCCGGUACUACUACAACUUGGGCGUGGAUUGCAUGUGGGCCGCGUUUGGGCCGCCCCCGCCCCCGGCCCCGGCCCCGCCCCGACACUACUCGCCCCGGGACCUGGCGCAGGAUAUGCAGCAGAUGGGAUUGCACGAUCGCAACGCCCCCAACAAUGGCGGCGAUCACAACCACAAGCACAACAAGCCUCAGGACAAACCGCCCCUCGCCAACAACAAGCCCAACGCCCAACGCCCACUGCUGGGCCCAAGAUUCAAGCGCGGCGGGAACAACCACGACGGCAACCAGAACAACAACCACAACCAGAACAAGCACGCCAACAAUAUGUCCAACAAGGGACCCAACAAUCGGCAGUGGUACAACAGCCGGUCGGCCCCCUCCGGGCCCGGUCCGGCCCCCGCCCCGGCCCCGGCCCCGGGCCCGCCGCCCCCGGGCCCCGGCGCGCUGGCCCCGGGCCCGUACGACGAGUGCGAGGGCCAGCUGCUCACGCUGCCCUACAUCCCCUACCCGCCGCCGAUCUACCCCAUCCCCUACUACCCGGUGGACGCCGACCCAGCCAUGAUGGGCAUGAUGGGAGGCAUGGGCUACGUGGGAUACGAGGAGACGGGCGAGUACGCGGCGCUGCCCUACUACCCGCCCUACCCGCCCCCGCAUCACCCGCACCACCCGCAUCACCCGCAUCACCCGCAACACCCGCAACACCCGCACCACCAGCAACACCAACAACACCCGCACAACGUCGAGCACAAGUGA